GGCUGCCUGGCUGCGGGGGCGGGCGCUGCUCCCUCCGCUCCGCUCGGUUCCCUCCGCACGGCGGGGCGCUGCCGGCGGCGGACAGGGUGGGCGGCGGGGCCUGCGGGUGCUCAGCCCCGGUGAACCGAGGAGGAGGAAGAGGAGGAGAAGGGAGGGAGGCAGAGAGAGAGAAGCGGCGGACCCGGCGGCGCUGCCGCCAUCGGCUCGUCUCGCCUCCCCGAUGGCCGCGGGCUGCAGGGACGGCCCGGGGCAGGAGAAGUACCGGCUGGUGGUGGUGGGCGGCGGCGGCGUGGGCAAGUCGGCGCUCACUAUCCAGUUCAUCCAGUCCUAUUUUGUUACGGAUUAUGAUCCCACGAUUGAAGACUCCUACACCAAGCAAUGUGUGAUAGAUGAGAGAGCAGCGCGCCUGGACAUUCUGGAUACAGCAGGACAAGAAGAAUUUGGAGCCAUGCGUGAACAGUACAUGAGGACAGGGGAGGGUUUUCUGCUUGUUUUCUCAGUCACUGAUAGAGGAAGUUUUGAAGAAAUCUAUAAGUUUCAGCGACAAAUUCUUAGAGUGAAAGAUCGUGAUGAGUUUCCUAUGAUUCUAGUUGGUAAUAAAGCAGACCUGGACCACCAAAGACAGGUGACACAAGAGGAAGGUCAGCAGCUAGCACGGCAACUUAAAGUAACAUACAUGGAAGCCUCUGCAAAAAUCAGAUUGAAUGUAGACCAAGCUUUUCAUGAACUUGUCAGAGUUAUAAGGAAAUUUCAAGAACAAGAGUGCCCUCCUUCACCAGAGCCAACACGGAAAGAAAAAGACAAGAAAGGCUGCCAUUGUGUUAUUUUCUGAGAAUCCCAAGAACCAAGCUAUCAACUGCCAGAUUUUUAUUUUUUUUUUUCUUUCCAUCGUUUUACAUCACUUCUGGUAUUGGUCUAGCCUUAUAUGUGCAUGUCCUAAAAGUGGUCACCAGAAUAGCCUUAGUCCAAGAAGCUGGCAGAAUAGUUCCUGAAGAAGACUCAGUCAUCCUGGGGCAGACUUCAAAACAAAACACUAAGGCUGCUUCUUUUUAAUACCACAGUUCCUUCCUUCUCUCCCUUUAAGAGCUUGCACCUUGUGGAGUUUUAUUCGCAAAGGAGAUGAAACAAAACCGUGUAGGACAAGGUGUUGAAGUCAUGCAUAAGUUGUCUCUUGUGAAUUUAAUUUAUUUUUACUUCUGCCGUUUCAUUAGCUAUUACAAAGACCUAUAUUGAAGUACAGAGAAUACUUUUAAAAAAGGGGUGGAUUGGCUUUUUUUGCCCUCAGUUAAAUUAGACGUGAGUAUUCAGCUAGCCUUAAGAAACCUACACUGAAUUUCAUUGUCAGCAAAGAUUUUCAUCUCUCAUUUAUGCUGCAGUUUUAUUUCAGUGGCCAAAACAUUCUACUGUAUUUAUUUUAUGAAUCCAGAAUAGCUACAGGAUAAUUACUACUACUAUUAGGAUAUGGCCAAAUACCUGAGCUCAUUCUGGAUUGAGGCAUUUCAGCUUAUUAAGAAAUUUCACAUCAUUUGUUUGGAAACAAAUUGUGUCUUCCUUUGUAUUUCUGGGUAAGGGAUUAAGGAAACCUAAAAUUGUAGCUGUUUUUGUUUCAUGUGAUAUAAAAAUGAAUUUGAUCUUUCCAUUGUCAGAGAUGAUUAAAUGUUUUUGCUAUAUACUUUUAUACAUUAUUUUCUUAUCAAACUAGUUAACAAGUAUUUUUAUAUGUUUGUAAGCAAAUAUGCUUUCACAGCAUAACUUGUGUAUAUGUAAAGAUGAGUAUUUAAUUCUCACAGUUCACUUUUAACUGACAAAAUGUGGGAUUUGCCAAACUGUGGUAAACUUCUCCUUACUCUUCCGGUUACACCCAAGAAUGGCCAAUUAUGUGCCUGCCCAACACACCCAUAGAGUAAAAUCUAGUGUUGUGUUUUAAUGAAUUUCAGUAUCCCUUACUAAAGACUGACUAUCAUGUGAAUUAUUAAACUGUAAGACUUUUAACUGAUUGUUUAGUUAAACUGUGGAUGGUUGUUUAAUUUUGAGUUCUGUGGAUUGUGUUUAAACAAUUCAAGAGUAUGUUCCCUGAUAUUGAAAUACUGAGUGGUAUUGCACAGUUGUCACCUUACUGAAUGUGUCCAACAGUUCUUUGAAACUUGAUUAUUAAGCAAACCCUUGUAUAACUUCAGGUGCUAGAAUUAAAGAUGAUCUAACCAUUACUGGGGGUAAGCAUA